CAUUGACUAGUUCGCAAUAUAGGAAGACCAAACAGCAACAACUCGUCAAUGAAUAUGAUGAUUCUCCAAAAUGCUUCAUAAUGAAGUGUUCAUUGUUUAGUUUUUCGCAUUUCAAGGUCGCUAAUAGCAAAUUUUCAAAGUCCCGAGGAAAUUAUGUGUGGAUUUCGCUUGGUACAAAUUGUGGGUCGCUCAUGCAUCAUUCAAAAUGUUCGUGCAUAUCAAAAAAUGAGUUGUGACACUAUCAAUCCUCAUGUUGUGAAGCUUCAGUAUGCUGUCCGUGGACCGAUAGUACUUAGGGCGUUAGAACUAGAGAAAGAAAUAUCACAAGGUUCAAAAAAAAGAUUCGACAAAAUUAUCCGUUGCAAUAUCGGGGACUGUCAUGCGUCUGGUCAAAGGCCCAUUUCAUUCAUUCGUGAAGUUUUGUGUGCCACGACAAAUACACAAAUUAUGGAUACCAACUUAGUUCAAGACGAUGCUAAGCUAAGAGCCAGGAGAUUUUUGGACAGUUGUGGUGGGAGUGUUGGAGUCUACAGCCAGUCUACAGGCGUAGAAGUUGUUCGCGAAGACGUUGCACAAUACAUAGAACAACGAGAUCAGUUAUCAGCUAAUCCCCAAAAUAUUUUCUUAUCAAAUGGGGCAAGUGAAGCCGUUAAGUCAAUUCUUCAGUUGAUAUCCACUGGAGAAGAUGGAUCCAGACGUUCUGGUGUUAUGGUCCCUAUACCUCAAUAUCCUCUUUAUUCAGCAACAAAUGCUGAAUAUAACGCCUAUCAGAUUGAUUACUACUUGGAUGAAUCAAAUGGAUGGGACCUAAGUAUUGAACAGUUGGAAGAAGCUUUAAAUAAAUGCAAAGAUAAAUGUAUCCCACGUGCUUUGGUAGUAAUCAACCCUGGCAAUCCAACAGGUCAAUUACUAUCAAAGGACACAAUUACAAGCGUUUUAAAAUUCGCUUACAAACAUAAUUUAGUUGUAUUAGCCGAUGAAGUAUAUCAACACAACAUUUAUGCACCAGAUACAGGAUUUACCUCAUUUAAACGCGCUUUACAUGAUAUUCGCGGAAGAAUUUCCACGGAAUUACAGUUAGCAUCAUUUAUGUCAUGUAGUAAAGGUUAUAUGGGAGAAUGUGGUCUUCGUGGUGGAUAUUGUGAACUUGUGAAUUUUCCUGAAGAUGUUCAACAACAAUUGUAUAAAUCCCUUUCUGCUCGACUAUGUUCUUCAUUAUUGGGUCAACUAACAAUGGAUGUGGUUGUAAAUCCUCCAAAACCUCAUGAACCAUCUUACAAUUCAUUUAUGGAAGAAAAAUCAUCAGUGCUAGAAGAACUUAAACAAAAAGCUGAACUCACUACAAAAUCAUUAAAUUCACUUCAAGGUUUUUCAUGUAAUCCAAUCACUGGAGCAAUGUAUGCAUUUCCACGAAUUGAUCUACCUAAAAAAGCAAUCGAAAUAGCAAAAUCUAAAGGUAUGCAACCAGACUUUAUGUACUGCUUAGAAUUAUUGGAAGAAUAUGGCGUCUGUGUAGUACCAGGAUCUGGAUUCGGUCAAGUACCUGGAACUUGGCAUUUUAGAACUUGACUAUAUGCAGUUGGACAGUCAGAAUAAACCAAAAGUGUAUUAACGUGCUCGACACUUCCACACUGCAACAGUAUGAACGUGGUUGACGCUAUAAACAUAAUGUAAGGACAGUCUUACCAAGUCAUAUAAUUUCAGUCUGAAUGGGAGAGGCGACUGCAAGAGUUACUUAAGUUCUAGAUACCGAGGUAUUCCAGUCAAUCCAACUUUUAUCUAAAUCCUUAUACAGAAGUAGCUAUAAUCAAGUAUUGUGACCAGGUGUUCAACUUUUGAUGGAAAAGUUGAUGGUCAAAUGAUAAGUAGUUCUUGUCUUGUUCAUUGUUUUAGUGCCUCCGUAAAUUUCGUGUUCCGAAAAAUAAAAAAAGAUGGCAUAACAGAUCUAUAGUUAUUGUUAGGCUACUUAAAGACUGUAACUGUUACCUCUAGUCCUUCUGUAUGGUAAGUUUAGUUUAACUGAUUUUGAAAAUCACCACAGCUGUAGUUCUCUAAACUGUUCUUUUCUAGAUGGGCUAGGUGUUUGUAUUCCUUCUCUUCUUGAUGUUUACGAGUCAGGUUAUACAAUAGGAACAGUUCCAUUUCAAAUUGAAAUCCCAAUUCAACGACAGGUUUAUCUUCUCCGCACGUGACAAGUAAAAAACUAUAAUCUAACACUUUCAAACCAUAUAUAUCAAUUGUUUGGUGUCACGGUUGAAUGUAUAAUACUUAUAACCUAAUCACCUUGUCAUCUAUUUAUCAUUGUGAUUCCAAUUUAAAAUUUGUUCUUUUUCUAAUAAAUGAUGUGGAGAAUGAUCUCUUUCGUAAUCAGUUAAUAAUGGAGUUGUUGAAAAUUUACGAAAACUUUCGAAAAUGUCCCAAGUUCAAACUCAUUAAUCUUUAUAUUUUACUUAAUAAAGUCUUAAAAAUUCGGAACUCGCAGGAUCCACGUUUCUGUAUCCGAAGUAUAUGUGGGCUCCGCUUAUAUAUUCUAUAUUAAGUUAUCUCAAACCAUAAUACAACUGUCUUAUCAACCUCUCAUUUUCGCUGAUUUUGUAGGAACCAGUAAUGUUUACUUACCUUGAUUUUCACAUUUUUUAAAAAUUAUAAUCCAUGUUGCUCAGAAACAGGUUAUGAUUACCAUAGUUGAAAUACCUUUUUUGUUUUUCAGAAUAACGAUUCUCCCUAGCAUUAAAGAAAUGAAACUGGUCAUGGACUAUUUAAAAGAAUUUCAUACAUCUUUUCUUGCAAAGUAUUCUUGAAUCGUCUAACUAUGUGACAAUCCAUAGAGUAUCUGAAAUUUUGAUAUUUUUUAUGUUAUAUAUAUAUAUAUAUAUAUAUAUAUAUAUAUAUAUAUUCUCCACAUUCUCAUUCAUCAUGUAUACAGAUAGAUAUUCUGUUUGUAUCCAAUUAGAAUUUGUUUCUUCUUUACUCUAUUCAUAAAUAUAACAUAAUUUCUCUUCAGUUAUCUAUUUUUGAAUCUACCACAUUUAGCUAUUGUACUAAUGUUUAAUUCUUAUUUAUUUAAGACUCCAAUUAUCAAACGAAGCUGUGUCGUAAUCACAGGGGGGGAGGGUUCUUAUCUAACCCUCUAAUUACGACGUAACUUUGUCUGAUAAUUGAAGUCUUCAAUCACUUUAUAAUUUAAUCUUUUCUAUUCUUUUGUUUAUAUAUUUAUCUAUUUACAAACAAUUGAUUAAUCAAUAGUUUAUGCAGAAAAAAAUGAUGAUUGAAAUGGUUGAGUAAUUUUCAUCUGAGUUUUGUUUUGUUUUUCCAUUUCGUUAAAAUGACUGUUUGUAUUUCUUUGGUUUUUCUGAUAGAGAAGGGAUCGUUUAUCUUAUAUCAAAUGAUGCUACACUGAUCACGGUUAAUUAACUCUUAUUGUUUGUUUGCUUGUUAUGUUCCUAUUCACGUUCUUGUACUUUUUAUCAUGGGGAAAAGUAUAAAUAAUUAAUUAUAUUAUAUAUACUUAUUCUGUUAUAAAAAUGAUAUCACAUGAAAAAUAUAUAAAAAAAAGUAAUUAUUUCCCUACCUUGAAUCUCUUUAUGGAAUAGAAUCUAUAAUUUCAACUGAUCAUCUAAUCAAUACAUAUACACAUAAAUAAUAUUUUAUUGA